UUCUUCUCCCCCAAGAAGAAAAUUCUCACCCGCUUGCAUCGUGCUCUCUCUUUCUCAUCCACGUCAUGUUGACUUCUCUUCCUAACACUCUCUGUCUACGCGGUAGUUGAAUCAAAUUGAAUCCAUCAUAAUCAUAACCAUGUGAAGACACCACACCACACCACGAUCAUCAUCCCUCUUUCUCUUCAAUACUACUCUCAACUCAUUCUUCUCUCUCAAAAACCAUUAGAAACGAAAAUAACCAAAUAAGAAGAAAGAAACAAUGAACGACUUGUUCUCAGGUUCCUUCUCUCGCUUCCGCAGCGACCAGUCAUCCCCGGACCGCCACCACGACAUCGAGAUGGGCGCCGCCGCCGGUGGCCCCCGCGGCGGCGAGGUGAACCUCGACAAGUUCUUCGAGGACGUGGAAGGCGUGAAUGAGGAACUAAAGGAAUUAGAAGGCUUAGCGCAGAGUUUAAGAAGCAGCCACGAGCAGAGCAAGACGCUGCACAACGCGAAGGCGGUGAGGGACCUGCGGUCGCGCAUGGACGGCGACGUUUCGGCGGCGCUGAAGAAGGCGAAGCUGAUCAAGCUGAAGCUCGAGGCGCUGGAGCGGUCCAAUGCCGCGAACCGUAACUUGCCUGGAUGUGGACCGGGUUCGUCCUCGGACCGGACCCGGACCUCCGUGGUCAACGGUUUGAAGAAGAAGCUGAAGGAUUCGAUGGAGAGUUUCAACGAGAUUCGCGGGCUUGUUUCGUCGGAGUACCGCGAGACCGUGCAGCGGCGGUACUUCACCGUCACCGGCGAGAAUCCCGAUGAUAAGACGCUCGAUCUCUUGAUCUCCACCGGUGAGAGUGAGACCUUCCUUCAGAAAGCCAUUCAAGAGCAAGGCAGGGGUAGAAUUCUGGACACCAUCAAUGAGAUUCAAGAGAGGCAUGAUGCCGUCAAAGAGAUAGAAAAGAAUCUCAAGGAGUUGCACCAAGUGUUCCUUGACAUGACAGUGCUGGUGCAACAUCAAGGAGAGCAGUUGGAUGAUAUCGAGAGCCAUGUGGCAAGAGCUCAUUCUUUUGUGCGCACCGGAGCCGAGCAGUUGCAGACUGCGCGAAAGUACCAGAAAAAUACCAGGAAAUGGACCUGCUACUGUAUCAUACUUCUUCUGGUGAUCAUCUUCUUUGUGGUGCUCUUCACUGUGAGGCCGUGGAAAAAUAACAGUAGUGGUGGCGGCAAUAAUGGUAAUCAGCCUGCACCAGCUCAAACACCUCCACCUCCUGUCAAUGCUUAACGUUAGGGAUUACGAGUCUAUAUUUCACGAAGCAUUUUGGUUUCAUUUAUUUUGAUUUGAAGAUUGAUAUUUUAUAUUUUGGGAUCUAGCAUGGGUGAGAGAAAAAUGGAUUGGCUUAAGACUUGGGAGGAAAUCUGUUAGGGUGACCAGCAGUUUCAUUUCAAUCUGGGGGAAGGGAAUGGUUGGUUGUUCUGUCGAGGUAGGUUUUUGGACAUCAUUAUUUUGAGCAUCAUAUUCUUUUUCUGUAAGUAGCUUAUCAGUUUGAACAGUUUAAUUGCUGACUGAUGGUUUAUAUAAUAUGUAUGGCAUCUUUCCCUAAAUAUGAUGUACAGUAUCUUACUCUUCCUUUAUGCUAUCUUACUAUUCCCUUAUCAGUCA